GCGGCGCGGCUCCAGGAGGAGGUGGGUACGGGCCGGGGCCGCACGCACACCCGCACCCGCACCCGCACCCGCACCGCCGGCGAGGUGCGCUGAAACCUCCCGCCGUGUCUCCCCAGAUGUGCGAGAAGUUUACCGUCUGCGAGAACAGCAUGGAAAUGCUCGUCCAGAACAACCUCAACCUCCCCAAGGUGACGGAGCAAGAUGGGUGUCUGCUCUCCGGCUUCAACGAGGAGAAAUGCCUGAGGAAGAUCUCCAGCGGGCUUUUCGCGUUUCAGACGUACCUGGAGUACGUACAAGAAACUUUCACUAGUGAAAGGCAAAAAGUGGAAUCGCUGUGCUAUAGCACAAAGCAUCUGGCAACUACCCUAAGACAGAUGGUGAUAAAUCCUGAUGAAGUGAUCAUCCCAGACUCAACUACCCAGAAGUCCCUUCUUGCAAAGCUGAAGUCAGAUAAGACCUGGAUAGAGAAAAUCACCACCCACCUUAUCCUCCGAGACUUUACUUCGUUUAUGGAGAAAACUGUGAGGGCUGUCCGCUAUUUGAAAAAUACCAGGAGUGUCAGUGUUUGAAUGUUUUAGUUCAGGCACAAUCCUUUGUUACAAAUCUGUCAUGUGGCAGAUGACAGUGUUGUUCUGUUUUAGGAACCAGAAAUAGUAACAAUGAUUUGCAUUUAUAUAUAUUCUCAUUUCCUUCUAGGAACCUAUUUAUUAUAUUUAAAAUAUUUAUUCAUUUCUAAUGUUGCCUAUUUAUAUUUUCAAUAUUUAGUAAUAAUUUAAA